AUGCAGUCUGUGCGGGUGCAGAACCUGUCCCUCGGGGCUGCCGAGGCAAUUCCCACUACGCCAAAGGCAGAGUCUAUAGCCCCCUCGUUGACCUACUCAGACGAGUCAGACAAUCAAGAAGAGCUGCUUCGACCCGUGCAGCCUCGCCAGCGACGCGCUUCCACAAGAUUGAUUGCUCAGAGUGCCCGUGAUAUUCAGCGCAUCACUGGCGAGACGACCGCCGAAUUUGUUACUCGCUGCUGCGGCGGCGGCUGCUGUUUGAUGGGCGGCGCGAGGCCGGCCGGCAUUGAAUACGAAAAGGUCGCCCUACCCGAUAACGAGGCGUAUCGGUCCCUCGGCCUCAAGAUUGGCGACAUCCCGACGGUCCUGACCAAGAUUGUCGACCUCCCCGAAAAGACAAUAUCCUUUGCCUCAGUCCCCAAGGCCCCGAGCCCGUCCUCGCCUACGGAUUCUGCCAUUUCUCUGGAGCGAGACGGCGAGGUCGUCGACAGCGCCAGCCUGAGCAAGAUUCCCCUCGAAAAGUUCAGAACCGUGGAUACGGCCAUUCAGCCCCCGCGAUUCGUUCAGCCUCACCCUCCUUAUAAUGUGUAUGCCGCCAAGAUCCACACGGCCCGCGAGCUGACCAAGGCUGGUGCCGAAAAGCGCACAUAUCACUUUGACCUGGAUAUCACAGAUUAUCCUGAGGAGGAAGACACCGACUUCAGGGUCGGCGGUGCCAUUGGUGUCGUCGCCCCCAACUCCAAUGCCGUCGUGGAAGAUGUUCUGGACGCCCUAAUGGUGCCUCGCUUCCUCCGGGAUAAGCCUGUCUUGUUGAAGACAACCAAGGGCCGCUGGCCCACCGUCUGGGGAGACGAUAAGCCGCGCGAGCUUGUCACUACCCGCCGAGACCUGCUCACCUGGUGCGCAGACCUCCAGUCCUAUCCUCCCACAAAGGGUCUGCUGCGGGUGCUCGCCGAGCAUGCCACCGCCGACAACGAAAAGAAGAUUCUCAACUUCCUUUGCGCUGCAGAGGGACAAGGCGCUUUCUGCGACUUCCGAUCUGGUCCUAGCAUUAGCAUUUCCCAGUUGCUGCACGCCUUCCCCAGCUCUCACCCUCCUCUGGAUGACCUGCUGUCGACCCUACAGCAGCUCAUGCCGCGCUUCUACUCUCUCUCCAAUGACCCGCACGACUCGUUCCAGAGGGGCGACCAGAAGCAGCACCGCCUGAUUGAAAUCGCCGUCACGGUUCAUGAGACUGGAGACUGGCGUGAGGGAUCUCGCACCGGUGUGGGGUCCGGCUUCUUUGAGCGACAGGCCCGGAAGUUCAUCAAGGCGCAGGAGGCCGGGGAGAAGACGGAGUUUUACAUCCCCAUGUUCAAGGGCCUGAUGGCGAACCCCCUGGCCAAGCAGUUCAACGCCGAGGGCCCGAUGCUCCUGAUCGGAGCCGGCGUGGGUAUUGCCCCGUUCCGAGGGUUCGUGCAGCGACGCCUGAAGCAGGCCAACUGCGCCAACAAGGUGUGGGUGCUGCAGGGCAUCCGAGAUUCGCUGCUGGACGAGAUUUACAGCGGCGAAUGGGGCGUCCACGAGGAGGAGGUCAAGCGCGUGGUGCAGAGCCGGCGCGGCGAGGGCCGAUACGUGCAGGAGGAAGUGCGACAUCAGGCCGACCUCGUAUGGAGCAUCAUCAACACCGUCGACGGCCGCAUCUUUGUCUGCGGUAGCUCCAAGGGCAUGGGCGAGGGCGUCGAGGAGGCCCUUGUGGACGUCGCCAUGGCCAAGGGCAACCUGGAGCGUGAGGAGGCGCGCAACUUCUGGCAGCUCAAGAAGGAGGCUGGCCAGUACAUUGCCGAGACGUGGUAG